UAGGUCCCGCGACGUCCCUCGUAUCGACGCUUCACCCCGUGACAUCAUGAGCCCGGUCGGUCAGGACAGCAGUAGUGCUGCUGUCGUAAGCGGCGUCGAUGCAGUCCGGCUGGUGGAGUACGAGGAUGAGAGGCAGCUCUCGGACAUCAUGGCCCUCGUCGACAGGGAUCUCUCUGAACCCUACUCCAUAUUCACGUACCGGUACUUUCUGCACAACUGGCCCGGCCUGUGCUUUGUGGCGAAAGCCGGAGAGCGUACCGUGGGAUCGAUCGUGUGCAAGGCUGAGCGCGAGGUGGAAGACGACCCCCUGACGGGUUACAUUGCCAUGCUGGCGGUUGAUACAUCCUUCAGAAAGCAUGGCAUCGGGACCGCGCUAGCGUCCAAGGCGAUCGAGGCCAUGCGAGACUUAGGCUGCGAGGAGGUGGUUCUGGAAACCGAGGUGACCAAUGGGGGAGCCUUAAACCUCUACACCAAGCUAGGGUUCAGCAAGAACGAGCGUCUGAUGAAAUACUACCUCAACGGCGUCGACGCCUUUCGCCUCAAGCUGUGGUUCCGAUAGCAGCGCGUGGGGCACGUGGCGGGCUGGGUUGGGUAGACAGCAGUUUGUACAGCUGACGGCUACAUCGCCCGGAUGCCAUUACACGGCGGUGUGGUGGCUGGCCCUGGAAUGUUGUCGGCGUCGUGGCGAUAUUACCCAAAGCUCUGCGCCGUAGGAACGGUUUCAUCGUGGUAAAAGAUGUCACGUAUGGCACGUGGCAUUUGAGUGGCAUGCCUCUUUGUAAAUACUGUAUGUGCAAUUUAUGUGGCAGGAGAUGGAAUGUCUGACUCAUUGCCUUGGGUUUGCUUCAGAUGCUACCGCACGCGGGGUGUAUGGGGUGUAUGGUCUAUCAUGCGAGGUUCCCCUUCGAGAGCUGGCGAUUUGCGAAUUGCCUCCCGGGGGCGCGCAAGUAUAGAUGGGCAUCGUUAUCACGGGCUUUUUGGUCUCGAUGUACCAAAUUUCAAAUUUCGAGUCCGCGGGGAAAUAUUUUUUCCACGUGUGCGUGCUUGUAGGCUAGCGCCGUCUUUGCCGCGUAUUCCUACUGCUGAAACCCGUUGGUUUUGCUCUGUCUCUCAUGUUCGUGGCGUGUUGCUCAUGGUGCCGUGAGGGCAUUUGAAGAGGGUGUGCGUGUCCCGCGGGAGUCUUUUAUGCAUAGUUUUGUACGGAGACUUUGUUAUGGUUUGGAAUACCUCCCUCCCAUCCAAGUACAUCCAGUCGCGCUGACUGUAGGCGUUGAGCACACUUUGUGCUACGUAUGCUACGUAUGACGUAUGACUGCCGGUAAUCGGGCAUGCGCGGUAAUGUGUCCACCAGCCCCCUGAUUGCCCAUUCUGAGAAGGAGCGCGAGAAAAUAUCAUCUGCGGCCAGAGAAAGAGGUGCCGAAGCACCAAUAACAUUGCAAUGAUGC